AUGAUCGGUCUGCUCCCGUUCGUGCUCAUCGGCGUGGUCUGGGGCUCCACCAAUCCGUUCAUCAAGCGCGGCAGCGAGGCCGCCGCGCGACGUGCGGCCCAGCGCCACGCCAAGCGCCACGGCCCCGCCAAAGCCUCGGCGGCCACCCAGCCCGGCGCGCUCGACCUCCUGCUCACCCCGAGCUACGUCGUCCCACAGGCCAUCAAUCUCCUAGGAAGCGCCGCGUUCACGGCGCUGCUGGGGUACACGCGCGUCACGCGCGCGGGCCCGGUCACGAACGCCGUCGCGCUGUCCUCCACGGCGCUCUGCGGGUGGUGUCUCGGCGACCAACUCAAUCUCAAGCUAGCUAUAUUCGGCGUGGCACUCGUAGCCCUAGGAACCUGGCUCUGCGCGAACUAG